AUGAUCUUGAACACCCGCAGCGAAAACAACCUUGUUGGCGUUCACCCCCAACUGGUGAAGGUGGUCCGACGCGCAGCAGAGAAAUGCACCGAUGAGCAUGGCUUUGUCGUGACGGAGGGCGUCCGCACGCUGGCAAAGCAGAAGGAAUACUUCGCCGCCGGCAAGUCACAGACUAUGCGGACUCGACACCUUACCGGCCAUGCCGUGGACCUGGCCGUGUGGGAGGACCGCGACCUCGACAAGGUUGUGGAUGCCGAUGAAAUCUCAUGGAAGUUUCCUGCCUACAAAGCACUGGCCGACCUGAUGAAGGAAGCGGCUGCAGAGCUUGGCAUCCCGCUUGAAUGGGGCGGCGACUGGGUCAGCUUCAAGGACGGUCCGCAUUUUCAACUUCCAUGGACGGCCUACCCAUGA